UCUUUUCCCUCAUGACAGUUCACGUGACCCUCAAAUUGUGCUGGAAAGUUCUGCUUUCAUUGAGUCGCGUAACUUCAUCACUUUAGGCAUCGGUUUUUUUUGCAUUUUUCGCCCAAACCAUGGCAUCCUUAAGGCACGAAUUUUAUGAGACAGACGAAAAAUUGACGAUCUCCAUCUUCGACCGAGGGGCUGAUCCUGCACAGGUAUCCAUUACGUUUGAGCCGAGCAAGGUUAGCUACGCAAAUGGCGAGAAGACACUAUCCUUAGAACCGUGCGAUUUCACAGUUGGCAAAGUCAAGGUUGAACUUCGCCUUGUGAAAAUGGCUCAAGGUCGUUGGGGAGGUAUUACUGGUGACGCUCCUGAUCUUCUCCAGACCGCCCCUAUCGGACCAACUACUUCUCCGGCAGUGGCCGAGGCGAGGGCUAAGCCCAAGAAGAACUGGGAGGAACUUACUACCAAAAUUCUCACAUCCGAAAAGGAGGCGGGUAUAGAUGAGGAUCCUAACGUUGGCGGUGACAGCACGGUCAACUCCUUCUUCCAAAAGAUCUUCGGAGAUGCAGAUGAUGACGCCAAACGCGCAAUGAUGAAGAGCUUCCAGGAGAGUGGAGGAACUACCCUUAGCACAAACUGGGAGGAAGUUAGCAAGGGUACCGUCGAAGUGAAGCCUCCAACAGGUAGUGAGUGGAAGAAGUGGAAUUGAACUUGAUCACUGGCUUGUAUUACUAGUUAUUUUACAUGUUGUCGACGCUUUCAAAAUGGAACCUUGUCUCGCAUCGAAA